AUGUUCAAUGACCGCUUCAUCUGGCCUCGUAUCUGCCGUAUUAUUUGGCUUCGUAUCCGCCGUCUUGUUUGGCUUCGUAUCUGCCGUCUUGUUUGGCUUCGUAUCUGCCGUCUUGUUUGGCUUCGUAUCUGCCGUCUUGUUUGGCUUCGUAUCUGCCGUAUCGUUUGGCUUCGUAUCUGCCGUAUUGUUUGGCUUCGUAUCUGCCGUAUUGUUUGGCUUCGUAUCUGCCGUAUUGUUUGGCUUCGUAUCUGCCAUAUUAUUGCUUUAUAG